AUUUAGCGGAUGAAAUAAGAAAAGUUUAUCGGACACGUAAUCAAGAUUCUGAAGAAGAUUAGAUUUACAUCUGUGAAUUCAGCUUCAAAUAGAAAGGGGAAAAAAUGAAGAAAUUCAGUGUGUUUGAUCUUGAUAUAGAUUAUAAUGCAGAACCAGCCAGGAUAUUGCACAAAAUACCUGAUGUUUGGGAAACAGAUUGUUUUGAUUCUUAUGAAAUAGUAAGUCCAAGCAUAAGCAGUUUAAUUGAAUUAUGUGCCAAAAAACUCUUAUCGGAUGUUUGUAUGUUGCGAAACAUCAGCAGCCAAGUUCCAAAAUCUAUCCAAGCUUUCUUAUUGAAUAAAGCCAUAAGUUUAAAGAGAACACUUUCAAUAGCGUUUUUGUUAAAAUGCUAUCCAUACGAAAAAUUUGUUUAUCCAUCACCUGUAAAUUGGAACACAUGGACUGUAUUUUGUGAAAACUUCAAAAUAGGAGCAAGGGAUAUUGAUGUUAUCUUUAGAGAUAAUGUUGAGAUUAUAUUCUCUACAUUUUGCUCAUUAAUAAGAGAAAAAAGAUUAAAUAAUCCAUUACGUGUUGUUGACAUGCAGUAUUUGUCUGUAGAUGCUUCUCGCAUUUGUGAAAAGAUGUGGGCUGAAAGUGUAAGGUGUACAGAAAGUAAUCAGCCAAGUCCUUACAUUUUGAAAAUCCAUGUAAACAUAACAUCCGAUGUGGAAUUAAAAUCUCUCACUCAGGUUAUUUACAACUCAACUUUUGUUUCAAAGUUGAACCUUAGCAUUACUGGUCUGAACUUCUGUAACAGCCUGUUUGUUGAUAAGAAUGUUUUAGCUCUUCUUGAACAAGUAGAUCCUGAAAAAUUGAAAGUGUGCCAAUUUGAUUUUUGUAGCAUCAAACCUAGUAUGAGAACUACCAUAAUGAAAUUACAGAAAUUUCAGAAUUUGAAAGCUCUUAAUUUAAAUUAUAGUUCUAUGGAGAUCAGACAUUUUCCUUCUCAUCUACAAACAUUAUCAAAAACUUUGAACAAUUUACCUAUUUUAGAGCGUUUAAGUUUAAAAGGAUGCUCACUGAGAGGACAUCUGCCAACUUUAUUCCAUAAUGUCUGUGAAACUGUACGUUGCAAUGUUAAGAGGCGAAAACCUUCUUUACAUUCGGAGUGCUGUCUUAAUCAUCGAGGAACACUCAAGUACCUUAACAUUUCUAGUUGUGAUCUUGUAGAUGGAGAUCUUGUCUACUUCAGAGAACUAGAGAUAUGUAAACUGCUUCAAAAUUUAGAUAUAAGCUGUAACUCAUUUAGUGCGGAAUGCAUGGGUGAAAGUCUUGAAUUAUUGGCUUCUAAUUUAGUUGUACUUUAUAUGGACUAUAGCAUAUCCAAAACAGACUUGACUCCCUUCAUAUCACAAAUACAUAAAAUGAAAAAACUGAAGUGCCUACGAAUGGGAGGAGUGCCUUUUACUGUUGAGAAUAUUGCAAAACUAGUCUGUGAAAUACGUGCAAUGCCAUACCUAAAGUGUGUUUCUGCAUCAUUCACAAAACUCAGAUCAGAAAUUUAUGAAGACCAAGAUUUACUGAUAAAAACAGAUACGACAACAAGAAAAGUUUCACUGCAUGUAUUAGAUUAUUCCCCUGAUUAAUAUAACUCUUGCAAUUUAGAAAAAUACAAUUGCUGAAAAUUUUGUUUGUUUGAUACUGUAGACUCUUAUUGCAAAAUUUAAAAAUGUUUGCUGUUUAUGCCUGUUGUUAUUGCUAGUAAACAUAGAAGUUAUUUCAUGGAGAAUAUAUAGUGUAAAAGAAGAAUAAGAUUAUUAAAUAAUUAAUAAAUUAAUGAUUUGAAAAAUAUGUAUUUUUGUAAAAACUGCAGUUUGUGUAAAUUAAUAAAUGUCUUUCAUACAUAUGUGUUUUGUACUGUAUUUUAAAAUGGUGCUUUCCAAGUGUAAUAUAUGCCAAUUUCACCAAAGAUAUGUGUGUGAUUUAAAUACAGUAGACACUGCUUAAUGUGAUUGUGAUUAAUGUUAUCAUUUGAAUAUUGUUAUCGAAUUUCUAAAGUCCUGUCUAUUUGCUUUCAAAAACAUGAAAAAUAUAUCACUUAUUGUGAUUAGCAAUUCGGUUUAUAUGACCAAAAUAUUAUAGAAUAAAUUUUUCAAAUUGUAGGAAAGUCACCAGAGAAAUUCAAAAUUGGUUAUAAAAAUUACCAAGUGACAAAGAAAUGUUGCCAAGUAAGGAUUAAUUCACCUAACAGCUUAGUUUAUAGUCCAGUCAAUCAUUUAAAAUCAGCCCCCCCCCCCAAUUUUUUUUUUUUUUUUUUUUUUUCAAUAACUCAAAUCCAGUUUGAGAACAAUCAGAUGCCAGUCAUUCUUCUUAAGGAGUAAAAUAAAAUUCUACAGAAUCUCUCCUUUCCAAAAACAUUCCCUAAAAACAUAUAUGCCUUUAACUAAGGUUGCUUUAUUUGCAUAAUUUAAAAUUUUGCAUUGGCUAUUUCUCUUCCAAUGAUGGGUGCACUCCGAGUAUUAAGAUUAGGGACAUAGAAUCAGUCAAAUAAUUUUCAGAAACUUUAAAGAAAUUUUUUUAAAGGCCGUUACUUUUUCAUCUUGUAAUGUUAUCAUUAAGUUAAUAUUAUCAAAAUAGCCAUGAACAAGUAUGAUCACAUUAUGUGGCACCUACUUUGAAUUUGUUAAUUUUUAUUGCCUUUUCGAAAUACAUAUGUGUAAUUAUAAAUGCGUUUGUGAUUAUAAAUAAACUAUCGAAUAACAUGCAAAUAGUUUUUAAGAGCUCUUAAAAAGAACGUUGUAAAGGAAGAGCAUAAAAACUGCAAAAAUUUCUAUAAUUACGCUCUCACCAUAUUAUAGGGCCCAUUGGGGAUGGAGAACUGAUGGUUUCUUAGUUUUAGGUAUAACUUGACAAAAGUACCUUUGCAACAAAAUUCAAAACAUUUAACUUUGGCAUGCCUUUUUGGAUCUGAUCAAGAUCCUUAUUUGAAUGGCAUUCAUUAAUUAAAUUUGUAUAAUUAUUCGUUUUAGUCUCUGUUUUCACAAACUUUCAUGAAUUAAAAUAUGAUAUUUAAAUCAUUAAAGAAAGUAAGAAAGCAAGAUAUUUUAAAUUAUAAGCUAAUGAUUAAGGCAUUAUGUGAUUUUAUAUUAGAUAAUAAUUCAUUAUGUUGGUUUUAACUUUGCUGUUAUUAUGUAUAUAAUUAAAUAUGUAUUUUAUCAUUAUAAUUAUAUACUUAAAAUUAGGCAUAAAAGCAACCUCAAUUUGAUGUAGUUUUUGAAUAAAAUUACUAGUUUCGAGGACAAUCAAACAUUGAUCUCUUUUCUUUAAAUUUGCUCCUAAAUCGGUAACUGAUUGUCUUCGAAGUCCACAGAGUAAUAUUCAAAAUCUAGAUUAAACUAAAAUUGCUUUUUUACAUAAUUUUUAAAUUUUAGAUAAAUAGAUUGGAAUAUACAUUGUGUAAGUAAAAGAACAGUAUUGAAAUUAAUUGCUUUAAUAAUGAAUAAUACAAUAAUAUGGUAAUUUAAUAAUAAUAAACCAAUGCAAAUGUAUGUUUUAACAUCCCAUAUGUCUCGUCUAAGUCUUUCCCUUCAGAAGUGGUAUAUACUGCAUAAUAAUCUGUUUGAUUACCAACAGACUUACGAGGGAGAGAGGAGAAUACAUGAGUAAAUACAGUUAAGUAAUGCUUGAUUGUUUAAAUAUUGUGAAGUCCUUCACUUGUUAUAAAUUUCAGAUUUUGCAUAGGAAUAUUAUACAAAGUAAAUUUGCAAUGCUCAGUAUAUUACUGUUUUUAUCAUUAUUAGGUUAAUUUGAAGUGCAGUUUGUCUUUAAUGCCUAGUAUUUAAUAAAUGUUUAUAUUUUGUUCACAAAAAUUUCCAUCAUGUAGCAGUUACUUUUAUGUGAUGGAAGAUUUCGUGGUCUGCUAAAUCAAAUUUACUUUUGUGUGAACUGAGGCACCAAUAGUAAAUCUGUUUUGGCCUAUUAUUAAGAAUGUUAAAUGAAAAAUUUAUUGUACUGUGAAAGUAUGAUCAACUGAUGUUUACCUUACAAAUCAGUGUCUUAUAGUAUUGUAAUGACUUGCAGGAUUUUUCAUUAGAGUGUUAUGUACCAUGAUGUAAACAGUAUUUUUUUUUUGAGAUGCUAAUAAAACCAGUGUAUUUUAUUUAUUUA